AUGGAAACCCGGAUGACAGACUUCUUCUGCGCGUCUCCCGCAACACCCGCACCCGGUCCUGACCUCCACGAACGCCCGCCCGAGCCCGUCGAUGACACAAUGGCCAUGGAGUACACCGAACAACUGCUCACGCCGGAGCACAGCCGAUCCGAAACCUCCAGCAACAACGAAAACGCGUCCGCCGAAGAAAAACCCGCCGUGCGCCGGAGAUCGACACGGGUGACGCGCGCCUCCUUGCGGGGGGCCGUGGACCUGAACCCGGACCCUGAGUCGAUCCAGCCCGGUUUGCCCACGCCCGUCAGCGAGAAUGAGCCUACAGUAUCGGGUGAGACCCUGGUCGCCGCCGUCGCGGACCGCGGGAAGCAGACGCGCGCGUCGCACCUCCGCCACAGCAUCGCGGUGAUGGAGGCCGCCGCGUGGAGUCAAGCCACGCUGGCUGGGGAGGACAACAACCACGGGGGUACGGACGAGCCCGCUGUGGCUCCAGGGACGCCGGUGUCCAACUCGUCGCAGGAACCGCAGCCCGGAGAAGGGAGCUCGUCCCUGCCGCGGCGCACGCUGCGGAAACGGGUCGAGCGGGUACUGACCCAGGACGGUGACAACCACCGUGCGGCCCCCUCGAGGACGACCCCCUCCAAAGCAGAAUCUCCGCAGUCUCCCCCCCGGCGCUCGUCCCGUAUCAGUAUUUUGGACAAAGCUUCGGCCCUGGUGGACCGGGCGGCCACUGUGUUGGGGAAACGCUCGCGCGACGCGACGGAUCAGGGAGGCGACGCCGCGCGGCGAACCAGCCUGCGCCCUCGAAACGUCGCCCCGGUGAAAAUGGAACUGACUGCGUCAGAGCCACCGGCCCUGAAGAAAAGACGGGUCUCCGAGAGCGAUCUCCCGUCCAAGGUCAAGUCGCCUGAAAAGACCCCGGAGGAAGCAUCCACGGUGAAGACCGUCACCUGGAAACCCAAGCUGUGGCUGUCGCAUGGACUCUACACGGGUCAGGAACAUACGGACGCUCGUCCCAGCCAUAAGCGCGACCGGAUCACCAAGGUUCAGGGCUCUCGAACGCCCCAAAGGACCUUGCUUCCGCUGCCCAUGUUUGCCGGGGACCGACUGUUGAAGUCCGGCAGGGAUUUCACCCUGCCUUUCGAUGUUUUCUCGCCGCUCCCGGUGGGACAGCCCAAACCGAACGAAUGGAGGAAGACCAACAAGAACGUCUUCGUCGGAGAUGCUUCCAGUAUAUGGCGCGCAAACAAGCCCUUGGAGCUGUCCAAGUGUAUGUGUGUCGAGGAAACCGGCUGUGAUGAGAACUGCCAGAAUCGCUACAUGUUCUUCGAAUGCGACGACGGGAAUUGCGCCCUCGGUCCGAACUGCGGCAAUCGCAGCUUCGAGGAGCUCAAGCAUAGGGCCAAGGCUGGUGGGAAGUACAACGUCGGCGUCGAGGUCAUCAAGACGGAGGAUCGCGGAUACGGGGUGCGCAGCAACCGGACCUUCGAACCGAAUCAGAUCAUCGUGGAGUACACUGGGGAGAUCAUCACCCAGUCUGAGUGUGAGAAACGGAUGAGGACUAUCUACAAGACCAACGAGUGCUAUUAUCUGAUGUACUUUGAUCAAAACAUGAUCAUCGAUGCUACUCGCGGCUCCAUCGCCCGUUUUGUGAACCAUUCCUGCGAUCCCAACUGCCGGAUGGAGAAAUGGACGGUCGCGGGCAAGCCGCGUAUGGCGUUAUUUGCCGGUGAUCGGGGGAUCAUGACUGGUGAGGAGCUGACAUAUGAUUACAACUUUGACCCCUACUCCCAGAAGAAUGUGCAACAGUGCCGAUGCGGCUCAGUCUCAUGCCGCGGGGUUCUGGGGCCACGACCACGGGAGAAAGAGCGCGCCAGAGAAGCUCGAGAAGCCAAAGCCGAAGCCGAGAGGCAGAAGAAGAGGGACAGAGCGAAUAGCAGACGGCGAGCCGCCAAGCAACUCGCGGGCACAAAACGAAAGAACGAGAAAGUGCUCAAGGGCUCCGCGUCGCGGGUCAACAAGAGACGGCCGGUGCCGUCGAACUCCCGAUCCGUCAAGUCUGGUGUGCAGAAAGCCGUCUCCAAGGCACGCGGCUCGAGUUCCACGCAAACUGCGUCUCGAGCGCGCAACUCGAAGGCGAACUCGAAGGCGUCCACCAAGUCCUUGCCAAAGAAGGCCCCCGCAAAGUCUCCGGUGAAGAAGUCCGAGACCAAGCCGAAGACCAACGUCCGGUUACCCAAAGUCGCCCCCACGAAGACCAAAGCCCGCGCUCCAGCACGUUCCCGGAAACCCCAAGCUGCCAAACCAAACGAGCCCACCAAGGCUCAGACCAAGCCAAAGCCGAAGGCCCAGGCAGAAACGAAAGCCAAAGCCCAGGCAGCGGAAACAAAGACCUCCAAACUGAGUCGCCCAUCCGCGGAAACCAAAGCGAAGAUUCUCGCAGCGGCCAAGGGAAAGCCGGCGAAACGGACGCCGAAGAAAGCUAUGAACACCAAGUCCAAUAAGUCUCCUACGAAGUCGGCGCCCAAAGCGCGAGUCGCAACUCCUAAACAGGCGCAGGCGAAAGCGAGUAAAUCGGUGAAGAGUCCUGCGAGGAAGGCCUCCCCCAAGACAACCAAAGCCAAAGCUUGA